AGGGCCCUGCUGGGCUCGACAGGCUUCGCGCAGCCCGGGCGGCGGGCGUUAGUGGUCCGGCACCGGGCCCCUUGCCUGCCGAGGCAGGCGUUGGAAAUCUGGGGGUCUCCGGAGCCACCGGGAGAGGAGCUGUCGCUGCUUCCGCAGGGGAGGCCUGAGGGCCGGUCGUGGACGCGCGGGUGGCCGAGUGUUUUCGAAGCCAACCCCGUCCUUUGUCCCCACCGGAAUCGCGGGGUAGCUGUAGCUGCGGGGAUCGCCCCUCCAAGGGCUCUUCCCGGCACUGUUCAGUGGCCUGGUCUUCCAGAGAAGGGAGCGCUCGCUGUUGGAGCGGAGUAACCUGCUCUCCCGGGAGCUGAGAGUUUUAACGUUGAGCUCGGAGCCUUCUCUGACCAGAUGUAAAGUUGUCACACCGAGAAGCGCCCCUGGACCCAGGGAAAGACCUUUGUCGUCCAGACUCGAGGCAUAUUUACAUCUGGCCUAUUCCCUUACAAAUUCCUAAAGCUGCUUUCAACCACCAUCGUCCAAAUUAAACACUGGGCUGAACAACACCCUUGCUCUGGGCUCUCUUCAGUCAAUCUAUAUUUGGCCCCAAGUUCUCUUGAAAGGUUCCUUUACCUCAUUUAGAUAAGUCAAAUAGGUCUUUUUUGUUUAGUUCAUUCAUAGUACCCUUAAUAAUUAUAACUCCACCACAUGAAUAUUUGAUGUGAAUUAGACUUGUCAAAUAUGCUUCAGUCCCAGUACCCACUAUACCUUUGCUGUUGACCUUAAGCAGGUCGCUUGACCUCUCUGGGCCUGCGUAUUCUGUCAGUAGAAUAAAGGCUUUAAAUUAGGCCAUCUUUCAUGCUGCUUCCUAUUUAAGACAUCUGUGAUUCUGUGACUUCCAUGGUCUCCCACUCUUCACCUUUUAAACCCUCUCACCAUCUCUCCAGAGGAGAGGCCAUUGAGCGUAGAAGAAACAAGUCCCUUUCACUAACGCAGCCUGUUUUGAAAAAGCUGGUAGUCUCUAAGCUGUCUCUUCCCUAAAUAAGAAAAACUCCCUUUUUUUUUUUCUUGUGACAGCAGCAGGAAGCAAGCAACAACAGCCCUUGGAGAAAGGCUAAGUUUUUCUUGACAAAAAAACCUUAAAGUUGCUACUUCUGGCCCUCGCUGCCAUCAUCCUACCACCAAGCCCAAGACAGCCCAGGCUGGACAUUAGUGCCUCCCUCUUUACUCUUUUGUGAUCAUCUCGAUCAGCACCUGACUGUUUUCAAAGUUCACAAACCCAGUCCUCAGAUCUUCAUAUUCUGGUACUCAGCCGCCCUUGAAGGUCAGUGACCAGGCUUAAGUUGGUAUCUGAGGAACAGACCACAGGCCCUUGGAACUCCAGAGGAUCUAGAACAUUGGUUUUCAAAUGUUAUCAUGCAUCAGAAUAACUUGGAGGGUUGUUAAAGCAGAGAUUGCUGAGCCCCACCGUUGGAGUUUCUGAUUCAGCAGUCCUGGGGUGCAGCUGAGACAGUGACUUGUCACCACCGCAACAGCAGAGUCUGCCAUUUCCAGCAGAUCUCCAGUUAGCCCGUGAUAUCACCCCCUCCCUUGUCUCCCUUCGUGGCCUCCUAAAUGCCCAUCUCGUUGGCCUGGGUUCAACUGGUGGUAUGGAGGGGUGCUGCUUAGCACUGACCUGGGAGUGUGAGUGACCCACUGACCCAAUGGACAUCAAAGGCCAGUUCUGGAAUGAUGAUGAUUCGGAAGGAGAUAAUGAAUCAGAGGAAUUUCUCUACGGAGUUCAGGGAAGCUGUGCAGCCGACCUGUAUCGACACCCACAACUCGAUGCAGAUAUUGAAGCCGUGAAGGAGAUCUACAGUGAGAACUCUGUAUCCAUCAGAGAAUAUGGAACUAUCGAUGACGUGGACAUUGACCUCCACAUCAACAUCAGCUUCCUCGAUGAGGAAGUCUCUACAGCCUGGAAGGUCCUUCGGACAGAACCUAUCGUGUUAAGGCUGCGAUUCUCUCUCUCCCAGUACCUUGAUGGACCAGAACCGUCAAUUGAGGUUUUCCAGCCAUCGAAUAAGGAAGGGUUUGGGCUGGGUCUUCAGUUGAAAAAGAUCCUGGGCAUGUUCACAUCCCAACAAUGGAAACAUCUCAGCAACGAUUUUUUGAAGACCCAGCAGGAGAAGAGACACAGUUGGUUCAAGGCAAGUGGUACCAUCAAGAAGUUCCGAGCUGGCCUCAGCAUCUUCUCACCCAUCCCCAAGUCUCCCAGUUUUCCUAUCAUACAGGACUCCAUGCUGAAAGGCAAACUGGGUGUACCAGAGCUUCGGGUUGGGCGCCUCAUGAACCGUUCCAUCUCCUGCACCAUGAAGAACCCCAAAGUGGAGGUGUUUGGCUACCCUCCCAGCCCCCAGGCAGGUCUCCUGUGGCCCCAGCACGUGGGCCUCCCUCCCCCAGCACGGACCUCUCCUUUGGUCAGUGGUCACUGCAAGAACAUUCCCACUCUGGAAUAUGGAUUCCUCGUUCAGAUCAUGAAGUAUGCAGAGCAGAGGAUUCCGACCCUGAAUGAGUACUGUGUGGUGUGUGAUGAGCAGCACGUCUUCCAGAAUGGCUCCAUGCUCAAGCCAGCUGUCUGUACUCGUGAACUGUGUGUUUUCUCUUUCUACACACUGGGAGUCAUGUCUGGAGCUGCAGAGGAGGUGGCCACUGGAGCAGAGGUUUGGAAGAGGCAAAGGUGGCUGGGGAAUUGGGAUCAAGAAAAAAAGGUGGUAGACCUGCUGGUGGCCAUGUGCAGGGCAGCUUUGGAGUCCCCUAGGAAGAGCAUCAUUUUUGAGCCUUAUCCCUCCGUGGUGGAUCCUACUGAUCCCAAGACGCUGGCCUUUAACCCUAAGAAGAAGAAUUAUGAGCGACUUCAGAAAGCUCUGGAUAGUGUGAUGUCCAUCCGGGAGAUGACCCAGGGCUCGUACUUGGAAAUCAAGAAGCAGAUGGACAAGCUGGAUCCCCUGGCCCAUCCUCUUCUGCAGUGGAUCAUCUCUAGCAACAGGUCACACAUUGUCAAACUACCUCUCAGCAGGCAGCUGAAGUUCAUGCACACCUCACACCAGUUCCUCCUGCUGAGCAGCCCUCCUGCCAAGGAGGCUCGGUUCCGGACCGCCAAGAAGCUCUACGGCAGCACCUUUGCCUUCCAUGGGUCCCACAUUGAGAACUGGCAUUCGAUCCUGCGCAACGGGCUGGUCAAUGCAUCCUACACCAAAUUGCAGCUGCAUGGAGCAGCCUAUGGCAAAGGCAUCUACCUGAGCCCCAUCUCCAGUAUUUCCUUUGGAUACUCAGGAAUGGGAAAAGGACAGCACAGGAUGCCCUCCAAGGAUGAGCUGGUCCAGAGAUACAACAGGAUGAAUACCAUCCCCCAGACCCGAUCCAUUCAGUCGAGGUUCCUGCAGAGUCGGAAUCUAAACUGUAUAGCACUUUGUGAAGUGAUUACAUCUAAGGACCUCCAGAAGCAUGGGAACAUCUGGGUCUGCCCUGUGUCCGACCAUGUCUGCACACGGUUCUUCUUUGUAUAUGAAGAUGGUCAGGUGGGCGAUGCCAACAUUAAUACUCAGGACCCCAAGAUACAGAAGGAAAUCAUGCGUGUGAUCGGAACUCAGGUUUACACAAACUGAGGGGGCCCCAGCCCUCAUGCCACCCUGUUGUCCCCUGGAUCCAUCUGCCCUUUUGGAAGGGCUCAAGAUGAGGCUGCCUUGAGGAAUUGAGAGGCCAUUACUAAGAGGCAGGAAAAGGAUAGAAGAGGCGACCUCAUUGUAGAGAUUGACCCAGGAACUGCUCUGUAUUUGGAUGGCCCGGACUGACCCCCAAGCCCUGAUUUUCCCAGUUGACUUCAUCCUGUUUGUAAAUAAAACAAUAAAAUGGAAGGUGCUGUGGACUGGAUAUGA